AGGAAUCAAACCUCCAAGAUGGCGGCGGCGGCCGAAGAGCGGAUGGCUGAGGAAGGAGGAGGCGGCCACGGCGACGGCGGCUCCCCUUUGGCCGCCGGCUCUACCCAGCGGCAGCCUCCACCGCCCCCGCCCCAGCUCCCGCAGCCAGGGUCCCAGGCACCCCAAGUGCCGGCGCUGGCUCCGGACCAGCUGCCUCAGAACAACACGCUGGUGGCGCUGCCCAUCGUAGCCAUCGAGAACAUCCUCAGCUUUAUGUCCUACGAUGAAAUUAGUCAGCUCCGCCUGGUUUGUAAAAGAAUGGACUUGGUCUGCCAGAGAAUGUUGAAUCAGGGAUUUCUGAAAGUGGAGAGGUACCAUAAUUUAUGUCAGAAGCAAGUUAAAGCACAACUCCCAAGGAGAGAGUCAGAAAGGAGAAACCAUUCAUUAGCUCGUCAUGCAGACAUCCUCGCUGCUGUUGAAACAAGGCUGUCUCUAUUAAAUAUGACUUUCAUGAAGUAUGUGGAUUCCAAUCUCUGUUGCUUCAUCCCAGGAAAGGUGAUCGAUGAGAUUUAUCGUGUAUUAAGGUAUGUCAAUUCUACCAGAGCUCCUCAAAGAGCUCAUGAAGUACUUCAAGAGUUAAGGGAUAUUUCCUCCAUGGCAAUGGAAUACUUUGAUGAAAAGAUUGUUCCAAUUCUAAAGAGGAAAUUACCAGGAUCAGAUGUGUCUGGAAGACUCAUGGGCUCUCCUCCAGUUCCAGGACCGUCUGCAGCACUAACAACAAUGCAGCUCUUCUCCAAGCAAAACCCUUCAAGACAAGAGGUUACCAAACUUCAGCAGCAGGUUAAAACAAAUGGUGCUGGCGUGACUGUUCUCAGGCGUGAAAUUUCUGAGCUUCGCACCAAAGUGCAAGAACAGCAGAAACAGCUUCAAGACCAGGACCAGAAACUGCUAGAGCAGACCCAGAUCAUAGGUGAACAGAAUGCACGGUUGGCAGAGCUGGAACGCAAACUACGAGAAGUAAUGGAAAGUGCAGUAGGAAACUCCUCAGGGUCUGGGCAGAAUGAGGAGUCUCCUCGGAAACGAAAAAAGGCAGCAGAAGCCAUAGACUCUCUUAGGAAAUCUAAACGUCUUCGGAAUAGAAAAUAAAUUGGAAUGUGAUUCUAGCUCCAGAGAAAGACAUGGCUUAGUAGCUUAAACUGUUAUGCAUAUCAGGAUACUGUGAGCAACAUGGUAUCCCUUAGGCUUCUAGGCUUUCAGAAUACAACUUAAACUUGAACUUUUAUGGUUGGGACAUUCUUUUCCUGCUUCUCCUGGUUGAACUGAUGCACACAAUCUUUUUACUUUGCAAUAGAUUUGUACUAACCAGACCUGUUCUAUCUUGUUUUGAGGAGUUAACUUUUUUCCUGUGCAGAUAAUGUUUAAAGUAAGUUUAUUUGUUUCUGCAUAUAUGCACAUUACAUAAAGAUCUUAAACCCAGUCUUGACAGACUAGAAGUUAAGUUUAAUACAGAAAAUGUCCUGUUCACUUGAAACAAAAGACCUAACUUUUUAAAUGGACACUAUCUUGGUUUUUUUUGUUUUUUUUAAAGUUGACUUUUUGUUGUAAGUGACCUUUGUCUGGAAUGUCUGAAAAGUAGUUAAUGCUUUUUGGUAUUGAAGUAAUGGGUAACUAAAAUGGACUUCCAUAGUAUUGACUGUAGGAGUCUCUACAGUACUGACUAUAUUUUUUUAUAAACUACUGGCAAGGAAUUUAUCUAGUCGUUAUACACGUUUUUGGUUCUCUUUUGGGGCCAUGUCCCACAUUUGCAUGGAUGGAUGCAUGCAUUGCCUAGUCAACCACUUAAAAAGCUCUUGCACUGGUAUUGAUCUUGAACCUCUAUUCUUCACUUUUUAGAGCAGCACCUUAGUUUAUUUAAGCACUAACAUCUUCCACUGCAACAGCUUGCCUCUAGAGUGGGGAUUGUUUAGUCCAUUUGUCCUCCAGCUUUAUAAGAACAAGAGACUAUUAAAGCCCAUUGCUUUAUCUAUUCUCCAUAAGGUUCAGGUGUACUGGCUAUAGCAGAACCCCAAAUUCCAAGGCUCUUUCUAUUGAUAUUGGACCUCCCACAACUAACACUGUUCCUCACUCACCAGUGUGUGUGCUCAUUGAUCAAAUGUGAUUGAGUAGGGGACCCAACUUGUGGGAUGCAGUUUUGCCAUUGAAAAAAAGUUUAUUCAAGAAAAUGUACCAUGAAAAAGCAUUUUGAUCAUAUUUCUGGGGGACGACCUAAGGGAAGCUUUUUAAUAUUAAUUUCAAGCUUUCCUUAUCCUGCAACUUUAAACAAAAGCUUUAAUUUCUUUUGCACUCCUGUUUUGAGCUUGUAACUGGAAAAGCAUGUCUUGCACUGUUCAGUCUUCUGAGUGGUCACUUUAACAACUUCCAAAUUGUGUACAGUGAUUAUUUUCCCCCAGUUGUAUAUUUUUGAGACAUUCAACUAUCACUGUCCAAGGUUUAUUUUAAUGUACUAAAUUAUGUAGUUAUUUGACUAAGUUCUUUUAAACAACUGCGGCCUUGGGCUUCAGUUAUUUAAAGUAAAUUUAGGUGUAAUAUAGAAAACUAUCCCUUUCCAGGUGGAAGUUUGACACCUGUAUAAAAACCUAAGGUUUUGGUAAGUACCUUACUUGAGUAAAAGCACAAGGUUAUCACCUUUUUUAUCCGUCCAAAAUGACAUGGUUAUGCAUCCUUUAGAUUAAACUCACCAGGUGAAACUUUUUUCUAUUUAUUUUUAAUAUUGUCCUUACAUAAUAUUGUCCUUAGAUUUUGAUCAGUUCUGUGUCUAACUUUGAAACUCCAUUUACAAUGUCAUAUGUUUUCAAUGAAAAACCAUAAAGUAACAUUCAAGUGUUUCAUGGUUUGUUGGUAAGGUAAUUUUAAAAUAAACAAUUUCCGAAAAACACUUGUCAGCCAAGGUCAUCCAUAAAAGUCCCUGUCUGGAACUCAUUUCUAAGCAGUUCUUAUUUUUGUAAUUCAGGAUUUAGCCAUAUUAUCAUAACUUUGGAGGAGGCCUACUGGAAUACUCAUGGCUUUUUAUAAUCUGCUUUUCUGGUAAUAGGAAGACUUUAAGUAUCAAACUAUGUGUUUACUGGUUUACAAAGUAUGAUUCUUAUUCAUCGAAGGGGUACAGCCUCAUUAUUUUUUUAGUAGUUGUUUACAGAUUAUUAAAAGUUUCCUGAAUUUCUUUUUAAGCUAAAUCUAGAGAGCCUAAAUGUAUCUGUGGUCUUCCAUUAGUUAAUGUGAGUAUAUGGCUUUCAUAAUAAGCAUUCACAUAAUUAGAAGGUAGAUUUUCUGUUCCAAAAUCCAAAUUUCUGCAGCAUAUACUUGUAAUCACCUGCCUAUAAGGCUGAUGAGUUGAACUUGUUAAUGAUGAGCAUUGUAUAACAGUAGGAGAAUAAAGCACUGUAAUUCAGUUAAGUCGUCUUACUUAGACUAGCUACAGCGUGUUAGGAUAUUGCCUUCGUCACUUAUUUGAUAGCUGUUAUACCUACUUUUGGGUAGCAUAAUGGUAUUUAAGAUUCAACAAAUCACACAUUUUGAUCAGCUAAAACUGACAUAUGUUACAGGAAAAAUUGUAGAUUAGCCUCCCGAGAGAACCAUCCUGCCCUGCAUUUUAUGUCAAUAAUUUAAAUGCAUUGUGUUGUCCUAGUGAAACAUUUCAUAAAGUGUUCCCGUCUUCUUCCUUGGCUGUUUUUCAGAGGAGACUUCUCUGUUUUAAUGGGUCAUUCCCACAUAUAAAUUUAUUAUGGUACAACACUAUACAUGUGGAUAAAAAUGUCAAAAGGCAUGUAUAUGAAGAGGACCAGCACUCCCUGCACCCUAACUGGAUCCUCUGCUAUCUCCCACGUGGACUCGGAUUACGUGGUUUUCACACAUUCUGAGGUUAUAGAACCUGUUGUUUUUCAAACUCCUCUUCUGAUGUACAGAGCCUGGAAAUAAUGGGGCAAACACAAAUGUAUUCAGAGUAGUCAUACUGUUUUAAAGUCUGUUGGGAUGCCAUCAGGUUUAAAGCCACUGGUUUGGGAAGCAACAUUUUUUGUAAAAUGUGUUUUUUGGAGUACUGAACUUUACAGGGGCUUGCCUUAAUCUCUAUUUAGUAGUUUCAAGAUGUAUGCGCUGUUAUUCUACAUGUUAAAAUGUUAAAAUAUUCUAUGUAGCCCCAAAGGUGGGUAAAACAGAGUAUAAGUAAUGCCUAAAUAAAUAAGCUAAAAGGUGUCACUACAGCUGGAAUUUUUAGAGGAAAUGGACAUAUAAAAAUAGGCUAUGUAUAAUAAAAAUAAUGGCACCUUAAGAUUGCACUAUUUUAUGCAUUACUUUAUAUGCCGUUUCAUAGCCUGCACUUUAAUCUCCAAAGAAACAAUGUAUGAUGUCCCAGUUGUUCCUUAUUAAACUUUUUCCUAAGAACAGGGCACUUAUAUACUGAAUUAGUUUCUUGGAGGUGGAUUCCUUUUUUGAGUUCUCUAUUUCCUUAGCCAUAAUGUUUUCUAGGAUCUAGGAACUCCCUAUCUUGUCUAUUUCCAGCAGUAUGUAAUUUUAAUUUAAUGUAACACAAAGCUCAUACUUGGUGAUCAGCACAUUCUUAUAUCCUGCUCAAGUAAUGUAUCUAUUAGUUACACUUACCAAGCACUCUAAAAGUAUAUGUUGUGAGAUUUUAAGCCAGAAAUAAAAGGCUUUCUGAAAGGAAAUGUCCUGUAUGAUGCAGUCUCAGAAAUGGCUGAUUCUGUUAUGAAAACCCAGUUUGAAAUGCUGACCAAUUGUUUGACUUGGGCUCUAUGUGAAUUUAAUUAGUACAUAAAAGUUUAAAACUAUUUAAAAAUAAACUUAUAGCCCACCAUCUGAGGUGAAUUAUUUUCAAAAAAUAUUAAAUCUACAAAAUAAGACUAGCAACUAGUUGGCUGCUGCCUACCAUGAUUUUACUUUUAAUAGCAAUACAGCUAUAUCAGUGAUAAAUAUGACAGGCUUAAGUAAUGUUGGCCUUUUGCAGAAAGAAUCCUGGUUAAAUUUUUGAAUUUUAAAAAUUCAAUUCAAAUUUGUCCUGUUGUAUCUGAAGAGAACCAUGAGAUUUAGAAGCAUAUUGAGAAUCUGUUAGAUCUAUUGCCUGAGUAUACUGGUCCAUAUUCAAAGCUAUACCAAAAGGUUAGAAGUGUUUAAAAUUCCUUUAUGUGGUACCGUGUGUGUUUAUCUAUGCUUAUGAGCAACAAUAAAUUAACAGUUUACCUUCUGGAAUUUUAAUUGUUAUAACCUAAUCAAUUAUUGGAAAGUGAAAAACACCUCCCGGUCACACAACAGGGUACGUAAAUAAAUGUGUUGUUACCAGUG